AGUAGCAUGAUGGGAUAUGAGAGUCCUCCGGCGGCGCGCUGCCGCCAUGUCACCUAGAGAGAAACAUUUAGCGCUUCUCUCUGCUUUAGGCAUAGUUAGUCUUGCUCUUUAUUAUAUUCCUUCUUUUCUUUACGCAACUUUAAUUCUUGCAGUUUGUUGUGUUGUCUGUUACUAUCACAGCGGAGAACCGCUUCCCGCCAGGUUAGGCCUGAAUCCGCGGGCUGGACUGAACAUCCCAACCGCACUCAGACGCUGGUUGUUCGGUUGGGGGGAGACCGGCGUGUCGGUGGCCGCGCGGGGGAGAACGAAGAGUAACAGCAAUAGAGCCGAGCUCCGGGAAUUAGAGGGACACUUCAGACAAAGGCUCAACGAAACUGGGAUUUAUCGGAGGGAAGCAUUAGCAAGUGACUCGUUUCUUUUCAGCCCACGGGAUUUACUCAUGGGGAGUUACAUCGGGAAACCCGAGAGUCCAACCGCUGACUCCGGGAGGCCGAGAGCAGGGAGAAACCCCCGAGAGCAGCUGCGGGAAAAGCUGUCCAGACCCAACCAUGCUGUCUAUACCCCGAACAGGAGGCUGUCAUUCGCUGGGGAGCCACCAGGAGCAGUGGGCAGGUUUACCAUCACCCCCCAGCGUCACUACCCCCUGCAGCAGCCGGGUGUCUCGUCAGUGGGAGUCCUACCUCCUACCAAGUGGGAUGGCUUCAGAAAGAAAAACAUCCUCAGCCCUCGUAAUUCCCCGGCCACCCUCAGUCCCGUCACCGUGAAGAUCGCCAGGCCCAACCACAACACCCCAAGUUUUAGUUUGGACCAACUGAGUUGUUCAGGACUCCCCAGGGCUCCUGCGGACCCCUGCUCCAGAGACAGCGUUCUCAGGGUGUUGAAGGAAAGCCGCAAGAGAGAAGUGGAGGAUGAGGACAGGAGCUUCACAACUGAGCAGAGAAGCAAAAGAAGGCGUAAUGACAGCGGUGGAAGUGCACACUCUGCUUUUGAGCCUCUUUUGCCCAAUGGAACACCCUCACAGCUUGUCCCUAAGCCAGGGAGCCUGAAAAGAGGGAUGACUUCACUGGCAGAAGAGGCCAUUAUGAAGAGGUCUCGCACCUCCUCCAUCAGCUCUGGCAGCGGGGUCCAUACCCCCAGAGGAACCCCAGGCUCCAGGAGAAACCCUAUCCACAGCUCAUACAGCUCUUCGCGAGGCCUCAGCCAGUGGAAGAAACCGUCAGCACCCAGCUCCCCUCUGUCCAGCCCUGGAUCAUCUCGCUCUCAGACUCCAGAGGGAGCUGCUAAAAGACCCAGAGAGGAUGACGGACAGUCUCCGAGCUCAGCAUCCUCAGUGAGGUCUGAGCACACAGCCUCUGACAAGGCACCUGUUACUUCAAAACUGACUCCAGUCCCCAAGGUCCCUGUCACUACCUCAACAGACUCUACUGGUAGUGGUGGGAAGAGAAAACGGAAGAUCCAGCUGGUGUCCAGCCACCGGGAUGAUCACAUCUCCCUGCCCCCGCCUCCAGAACUUGGCUACACUAUCACUGUGAAAGACCUGGAUGAAGAGAAGAAGGCUGCCAUCAGCAAGAUCCAGAAAGUCCUGGAGACACCUGCUCCAGAGCCAGAGAAGUCGGUCUCUCUCCCAGCUGCAACUUCCACCCAGCCCACCUCCUCUACCAGCUCUGCUCAACCCUCUACCACCACCACCACCCUGAGCAGCCUUCUUGCAGCUCCUCUGCCCACAUCCUCCAGCUCUGCCAUCCCAGUCAUCAACCUGGAUCCCAGCCCAGGCAGCAGCGUCAGCACGGCACCUGCAGCCUCGAACCCACUGCUUGAGGCUCUGAAGAUGAAGACCACCACUCCUGCUAGCUCCACACCCGCUGCCAGCACUAUCACAGUGUCUGCGUCAACCACACCAGUGCAACCCAGUGGCUUAAACCUGAAGGCAACGACUGUAGUGGACUCCCCACAGCUCUCCCCUGCCUCCCAGUCUCAGUCCUCCACUGCUGGUGUGGAGCAGCCAUCUGCCUUUACUCAGGUCCUGAGUCAAGUUUUUAAGGCUUCCAGCAGCACCACACCUGUAGCAGGAGCAGGCCUGUUUGGACUGGCCAACCAGAACAGCACCCCCUCUGAUUCUACAGCCUCCAACCCGGUCACUACUACUACUGCUGCUGCCCCAGCUAGCAGCGCCGAAUCACUGAGCAGCACAAACCCUCUGCUUGCUUCAGGGUUCAAGCCCAUCUUUGCCGUCACCACCGCUUCCUCAGCUACAUCAGCCCCACAGAGCAAACCACCUGACCAGAAUUUCAAGCCCAUCUUUGGAGGAGCCACUGCAGGUGCUGGCUUUGGACAGUCUCCAUCACUCACAACCACCAACCCAGCCUCUACGGUUUCUUCAAGUAGUACACCCUCAAUAUUUGGCAGCUCGACAAGCAGCACCACAGCUGCCCCAUCUGUUUUUCCUGGAUUGACCAACACCCCCACUGGAACAGCCUCCACCACCACACAGCCUACAGCCCAGACAGCUGCGAAAUCCCUUUUUGGAAGCUGUUUCACACCAUCCACAAUAACUACCAGCUCAAUCACAGCGCAGGCCCCUAACACAGGGAGCACAUUUCAAUUUGGAGCUGCUACCACCACUGCUGCAGCUACCCCAGCUCCUGCUGCUGCUGCUGCUGCUGCUGCUGCUACCACCACAACCUCCAGCAAUGGCACCUUCACAUUUGGUGCCACACAGUCGGACCCUCAAGCUGCCAGCCAGAAGGUGUUCUCCUUUGGCCAGCCGGCACCCAGCCAGAACACAACCACUGCUUCAUUUGGAGGCUUUGGCAUGGCCAACACCUCCUCCACCACUGCUGCCGCUGCCACCACCCAGUCCACUUUCGGCUUUGGAAAGCCGUCAUUUGAAGCGCCGGCAGCACAGGCAACUUUCGGCUCUUCGGCAGCACCACCUAAACCAUUCACGUUUGGAGGCAGCACAGCAUCAUCCACCCCUGCCUCUAACCCCGCCCCAGCACCCUUCACCUUUGGGGCAGCGGCAGCCACCACAGCAACCACAUUUGGGACACCAGCUAAACCAGCAUUUGGAGGCAGUUCUGCUGGUUUUGCUUUUGGUGGCUCCACAGCUCCCCAGGCCGCACCCACAGCUGCGCCAAGCUUUGGUGCAGCAACCCAGACUCAGAGCUCCUCGUCAGCCACCUUCACAUUUGGUAGCGGUGCUCCUCAGCCGGCUCCCUCCGGCCCUGCGCAGCCAGCACCAGGUGCAUUUAACUUUGGUGCUGGUAUGUCAUGUCCCCAGUUUGGAACACCAGUCCCCAAUAAUCCAGCACCGCAUAUGGGAAGCUUCAACUUUGGGGCUGCUGCUACAGACAAACCAGCUUUUGGGACAUCCACCCCAUCUUUUGGCCAGAGUGCUGCUGCAGGUCCAAUUCCUUUUGGAAGUCCUGGAACUCCAGUCCAAGGCUUCAAUGCUGGUCCUUUUGGGUCUCCAGCGACUCCCUCCUUCUCUAUCGGAGCCGGGUCAAAGCCGUCUGGAGCACGGCAGAGGCUGCAGGCGCGGAGGCAACACAACAGGAAGAAGUAACCUGCUACAUGUGUCCAACACCACUUUGAGAGGACUUCAGCUGUUGCUGCUAUGGCUAAUCUGGCUAAUAUUGCUCUGUUCUAUGCCUAAUAUCCCCCCCACACACACACACACACGCGCGCACACCAGGCUGCCACCAUGCCCUCUGCUUCCUUCCCCUCCUCCGGUGGGUUGUGCUGGGCACGAAACAUUGCGUUCGCUGAGGGGUUAGAAAGAGCACACCAGCUUGCUGAGUUCAUGCUGCCUGGAUGACUACACGACCCAGUGAGGGAACGUAGCAGCGAGGAGACAGAAUCCAGAACAAUGUACAAUACUUGAAGAGGGAGAAAAGAGAAUUGAAUAGUUUGGUUCUGAACAAAAGCAUAUCCAAAGUUCUUUUUCCUUUUACAGUAUGUGGACACUCCCAUUGGUUCGUCUUGAGGAGAAAGCUGAGUCAGUCAAAGACAUGGAGCCUUGGCUCAAACAUUUAUUUUUUUACGUGAAGCGCUCACUGGUUUGUAUGUUACCGAAUAUUUGAGUACAUUUUCUGAAUGAGUCUGAGUAAGGUGAAAUGCACAGUUGAUUCAGAUAAGGUACAUAACGCUGCAGUGUAAAUGUAAAGUUAUGAGAAGUUUGCAUUUUAAAUUAUUUUUUUAAUUGGCUCUCUAACCCUGUAAAUGAAUAAUGUGUUUCUGCACUUAAGGGCAACUUAGUAAAUGUCUUAAUGUAGUUAGUAAAGACCCUUGUGUUCUUGUUUCAUACUCUGUCAUUGCAAGCAUUCCCAGAGUCCUCCUGUGGACAGCCUUUUUUAAUAGUUAUUGCCAACACUGAUGUAAUUAGUAGGUCAGUAUGUGAUUAGGAUGACUACUCUUGACUUGUGCUGUCAAACCAAAGCCAAUUCUUCAACUUCAUGCCUGUGAAAAGAAUCUGUGAUCUGAGAUGUGUUUGUUUGUGCCAGACUACCUCUCUUUACUCCCAGGCACUGAAUCCUUGUUAGUUCACUGAAAAAUAACAAAUCUGACAGCAUCGACUAGAACAAUAAGAUUUUACUUUCAACUACUGUCAAUACAAAUGUACCUUUAAUAAAUACAGUGAUUUAAAAAAAAAAAAACAUCUACAUACAAACACAUUAGCCCCACUUCUGAAAUACCUGUUUUGUUAUAGUUUACACCACGUUUCUGUAACAUCAGAUUUACUAAUAAUACAUUCUGGAAAUGGAAACCCUUACCUGUCAGAAAUUCUCACUAUGAUGCAGGGAUUUUUGUUGUCUCUAAUGUCUCUUAACUUGCACCAUGAGGUGAGGAAGUUUGUCAAGCAGACAUGACGGUAAACCUAUUGAUGUCAGCAGUCAAAAGUUAUUUUAUCAAAACUAUUUCUGUUCAGAGUAAUAAUCACCUCUUCUUGUGGCAAGUAUCUGAUGCAGUUUUUGAUGGAUAAUUUUUUUGAAUGAAUAAAAACAAAAUUUUGGACAUGGACGUUCCAAGAAGAACACA